GUGUCACUGCGCAGGCGCGGCCCGCGAGCGUGGGGUGUCGCGAGGCUGCCGGGCUGCGGGCGCUCUGGAGCGCGGGGGUUUGCGGCCUGCGUUCGGCCGGCUCCAGCCACGCACUAAGUGAGGCAGCGAGGUCCAGCGAGCAGAGCCUGCCGGCGGCGCCCUGGGCAGUGUGGCCAUGGAGAACCAGGUGCUGACUCCGCACGUCUACUGGGCUCAGCGACACCGCGAACUGUAUCUGCGCGUGGAGCUGAGUGAUGUGCAGAACCCUGCGAUCAGCAUCACUGAAAAUGUGCUGCAUUUCAAAGCUCAGGGACACGGUGCCAAAGGAGACAAUGUCUAUGAGUUUCACUUGGAGUUCUUAGACCUCGUCAAGCCCGAGCCGAUUUACAAGCUGACCCAGAGGCAGGUGAACAUCACUGUGCAGAAGAAGGUGAGCCAGUGGUGGGAGAGACUCACCAAGCAGGAGAAGCGCCCACUGUUCUUGGCCCCCGACUUUGACCGCUGGCUGGAUGAAUCUGACGCGGAGAUGGAGCUCAGAGCCAAGGAAGAAGAACGUCUAAAUAAACUCCGACUGGAAAGCGAAGGCUCCCCUGAAACUCUGGCGAGCCUGAGGAAAGGAUACCUGUUCAUGUAUAAUCUCGUGCAGUUCCUGGGCUUCUCCUGGAUCUUUGUCAACUUGACAGUGCGGUUCUUUAUCUUGGGAAAAGAGUCUUUCUACGACACGUUCCACUCCGUGGCCGACAUGAUGUAUUUCUGCCAGAUGCUGGCAGUGGUGGAAACCAUCAACGCAGCGAUUGGAGUCACCAAGUCGCCGGUGAUGCCGUCUCUCAUCCAGCUUCUAGGAAGAAAUUUCAUUUUGUUUAUCAUCUUUGGCACCAUGGAAGAAAUGCAAAACAAAGCUGUGGUUUUCUUUGUGUUUUAUUUGUGGAGCAUAAUAGAGAUCUUCAGGUACCCCUUCUACAUGCUGGCCUGCCUCGACAUGGAUUGGAAGGUGCUCACGUGGCUGCGCUACACCGUGUGGAUUCCCACCUAUCCCCUGGGGUGCCUGGCUGAAGCUGUGUCUGUGAUUCAGUCCAUUCCGGUGUUCAACGAGACGGGCAGGUUCAGCUUCACGUUGCCUUACCCCGUGAAGAUCAAAGUCAGGUUCUCCUUCUUUCUUCAGAUUUAUCUUAUAAUGCUAUUUCUAGGGUUAUACAUAAACUUCCGUCACCUUUAUAAGCAGCGCAGGCGGCGCUAUGGGCAAAAAAAGAAAAAGGUCCACUAAAAAGAGAGCUGUAGAUGGCUUCUUACCAGUUUGAGCCGGAUCUGUGUUCUUACAGUUUUACCUUCUUGUACUGAUGUAAAAGUUUUUUUUUUUUUUUUUUUUUUAAAGUUAAAUGAUUCAGUUCUCAGUGAGGCUUUCUUCCUUUCCCCCAGUAACAGUCCUGAACUUCCUGUAUUAUCUUAGUGUAGUACCUGCAUGACAUGGAUUCCUGACAUCUGACGACAGGGUCAUUCUCGUGUGUUCAGUGAGAGCAGGAGGCUCAGCCCCACCCCCACCCCCACCCCCACCCCCGCUGCCACGCUAGCGAGGCUGUGUCAGUGCGGUUUGCUACAAGAUGCGGGCCACUCUCACAGUGGGAUUUGUUCUGGUAAACAAAAGCAAGGCUGUAUUGCGGAAUCGAAGGAAGGCUGCCAAGAGGGACUGAGACAGGGCCCAGCAGGACCCUGUACCUGAGGGGCUGCUUGUUCGGUGGGGUGAUGCUGACUUUUUGAACAUCGUAUUAGUCACUGAUAAAACAGUUCUGAGUCCGAGAGGGGCUGGCGAACAUGUCUUUUGCACCUGGCAUCUUUUGGCCUAACAACAUCUGUUAGUUAGCACAGUGCUUGCCACUGUGGGCACUGGAGAAGCACAGAAUGAGUUGAGAAGAUCCAGUCAGAACCUUGGAACGCCAUGAUCAUUUUAUUCCUAGCUAAAUCAGAACCAUUUUCAACACUAAAGGACUGUGAAAAUCAGUGAGAUUAUAAGCGUUCCAAACUUAAAUGGCUACAGGGAUCAGGAGGAGACCAGCGUGUGGGUCAGAUUGGCAGUGAGCUGCUGGCCACGCAGUCGGGGCCAAGUGGCAACACUAGAGUGGUUCAGACACCUACAGAACCGCGCACAGAGCCAUGCACAGCCUGAACAAAGGCCGUCUUCCCACACUCGCUGAGUCCGUUUACUGGUGUGUUUGUCCGAGUGAAUGGUGAGACUACAUUUUUGAACCUCAAAACCGCCUUUUAUUCUGCUGUCAUUAGCUUUUUUUUAAAAAAACCUGUCUGGAGUAGAACACUGCAAAUGGAGCAGGGACUGGCUGCUACCAGCUAAUCCUUUAACAAGGAUUCCUGGCAGGAAAGCUACCAGAAGGGGAACAAAAAUAUUAGGGCUGGCCAUUGUGAAAAAAUAAAAAUCAGUUUCCUCUAAGACAUUCCAAGCCAAGUUAGAAGUAGCACCUGUAUAGAAGGAUUGCAGGCAUAACAGCUCCCCACUGUUCCUGGGGGAAGAGAAACUCAGGGGAUGAAUUAGUGCCGUUUCACUGAGAAGUUGGAAACUUGGCUGACCUAACGUGUCUGAUGAACUGAUUUUGAAAAAGCCAUUGCACUGAAGGGUGUUCUGCGCGUGUGUGGUUUCUGUCAACGCUCGUCUGUACCGCCUUCUGAUGCUGACUGACUGUGUGUGACAUCACAGCAGGUGCUGCUGCAUCCUGUGGCAGAAUCCUGAUUCUUAGUGAUUAUUUCAAGCCCCUUUACUGCUGUCUGAGAAAGUGGAAGAUUGUGUAUUUCUAUUAAAACAUUUACAAUCAAAAUCCUAA